CCCACUCCCCCCGGUCCUCUGCGCUGCCUUCCCACUUCACCAGACCACCACCCCGACCGCCAACUGCCGGACGCAAGCGCCGACACCGCCGAGACCCCACCUCACCGGAUCGCCUCCGCCGACCGCCCCGAGUUGAGGGUUUGUUGAUCAAAGAACCAUGGAAGGGUCGUUCCAGUUGAACCCAAAUGCCAGUCCUUUCAUACCUGGAUCCCUGAGUUCAUUUGCAGACAAGGCCCCAGAAAACCAAGCAGAGUCAUCAUCAAAGGGCGACUCUUCUGGUGACACUUUUGAUCCUUCUGAGUAUGAGAAAAAUGACAUGGAUCCACUUGCUCUAGCCAAAAUGGUCGUUUCAAUGUUCCCAAAUGUCUCCACAGAUUUCAUUGAUGAGCUACUCAAGUCAACUGAUUUUGACAUAAAUCUGACUGUUGAUAUGCUUAAUGAGCUGAGCUCACAAGAUAUGCUUCAUGGUGAUGCUGAAGAUAUCAAUGACCUCCAUGAUGACCAGGGCCUAUCUGGUGAGAAUUACCACUGUGUUGAAGUGUCUGAGAGUAGCAGCAAUCUCAAUCAAGGUCUGCAGAAUGAGAAGUCAGCAACAACUUCUGAUGUGAAAUCUGUCCUGCCAAAGUUCUCAAAUAUCAAUUUGCUUGACAAUGACCUGUGCGUGCCUGAUGAUAAGUCAGCGGGGGCUUCAGUUGCAAAGUGAUCUUCAUGUCAAGACGCUCUGUUUGAUCCAAAUUACUGCAUUCUGAUGUACAUAUUAGUUGCACCCAGAAGUGUGGCUUGGAGGACAAAGCAGUGGAAGCAAUGAUUCCAUUUCCGUUCGCAGAGCUAGCUUGCUGUUUCUGGUCGCCAUCCUGAGUUUCGAAUCCCUUGUUCAGCUCUUUUGGACCUUAGUAGCUAGAUAUUUCUGGUGGUUAUCCUGCGUUUUACACCCCUUGGCUCGCUCAUCAAGACCAUGUAAUACCUGGUGGUCGUCCUGAUUUUUACACCCCUUGGUUGGUACAUUUGGGUUUGGUACUCAAGUCAGUUCGAACCCUGCAAGUUAUGCUGCGACAGCUCUUUUGUGUGUGAUAUUCUGGGAGUGUUAUCCAUACUGCUUGUGGUGCGGUUUACUGGAUUACCAGUCAUAUAUGAAUACUAGCUUUAUCA